ACGCAUCCUCCACUGCCACUCGUUCUUCUCUUGUUCGUCAUCACCACUCCGAUACCUUCACAAAUCCCAAACACCAAUGACAGAGUUAAUCAAAUUAAUUAACAACUAAUUAAUCCAAAAUUAACCGCCAUUUUCCGUUGGGAGCCAGCUAUCACUCUCCGGCCAGCGAUGGCGGCGAUAACGGGACCGGCAUCGUCGUCGUUGAUGAUAUCGUUGUCGUUUAAGCCGGCGUGCGUGCUGAGAUCGACGAGGCCCGCCAAAACGACGCCGAAGAUCAAGCGAGAGAGGCAGGGGCGGGCAGUGGUGGGGGACUUCGGACACUUGGGUCAGGUGGUUCGGAAGGACCUGGAGUUUCUGAAGACGGGGAUUGGCAGAGGGAUUGAGUGGGCGAAUAAGGCUUUUCGAAUUCCUGAGGUUUCCAAAGCCGUAGACGACGUCGUGUGGCUUCGCAACCUCGAAGACCCCGAUGCGCCGCCAUCACCAGCUCCUUCUUGGCCUCAGCCUGCCUAUCCAGAGCUGUCCGGCGUGGAUUUGCUCGUGGCUGAUCUUAAAGCUUUGGAGACGUACGCUCUUUAUUUCUAUUAUCUGUCUAAGAUUUGGUCUAAGCCACUUCCUGAAGUCUAUGAUCCAGAAAGUGUUGCUGAAUAUUUUAGCUGUAGGCCCCAUGUAGUGGCCUUGAGACUUCUUGAGGUAUUUUCCUCCUUUGCUUCUGCUGCAAUCAGAAUUCGGACCACAGGGAUCAAAAAGUUCUUAAGGCUAAGUUCGGACGUGGAUAUUAAUGAGAACAUAUCACAGUACAAUUUCGGAAUGGUGUUAAAGGAGACUAUGCUAAGUCUGGGUCCCACUUUUAUCAAAGUUGGUCAGUCCCUUUCCACCAGGCCGGACAUUAUUGGUGCUGAGAUGGCCAAGCCAUUGUCUGAGCUGCAUGAUCAAAUUCCUCCAUUUCCCAGGGCUAUGGCUAUGAAAAUUAUCAAAGAAGAAUUAGGAUCUCCUGCAGAGUCAUUAUUUAGCUACAUUUCUGAGGAACCUGAGGCUGCUGCAUCAUUUGGUCAGGUCUACCGUGGGCGUACCCUUGAGGGGUUUGAUGUUGCUAUCAAAGUUCAACGGCCUAAUUUGCAUCACACUGUAGUGCGCGAUAUAUAUAUUCUUCGCCUAGGGCUUGGGCUAUUUCAAAACAUAGCUAAUAGAAAAAGUGACCUGCGUCUAUACGCUGAUGAGCUCGGGAAAGGUUUAGUUGGGGAAUUGGAUUAUACUUUAGAGGCUGCAAAUGCUUCCAAGUUUCAGGAAGCUCAUUCCUCCUUUCCGUUCAUGCUAGUGCCAAAAGUUUAUCAACAUUUAAGUCGAAAGAGAGUUCUAACUAUGGAGUGGAUUGUUGGUGAGAGUCCAACUGAUUUACUCUCUGUGUCUGCAGCUGGAAGCCCUGUUGAAAGUGGCUCUACAUAUUCAGAGAGGCAAAUACUUGAUGCCAAAAGACGUCUUCUUGAUCUGGUUAAGAAAGGAGUGGAGGCAUGCUUAGCUCAGCUCCUCGAAACAGGCUUAUUGCAUGCUGAUCCACAUCCUGGAAACUUGCGUUACACAUCCUCUGGACAAAUUGGGUUUUUGGAUUUUGGCUUGCUUUGUCAGAUGAAAAAGAAGCACCAAUUUGCUAUGCUUGCAUCCAUAGUGCACAUAGUAAAUGGAGAUUGGGAAUCCCUUGUUAAUUCUUUGACUGAAAUGGACGUUUCAAGGCCAGGGACUAAUCUCAGGCGUGUGACUAUGGAUCUGGAAUAUGAACUGGGAGAAGUAGAAUUUAGAGAUGGAAUUCCCGAUGUCAAGUUCAGUAGGGUUCUGAGUAAAAUCUGGUCCGUGGCCUUCAAGUAUCAUUUUCGCAUGCCACCUUACUAUUCGCUUGUUCUACGUUCUCUUGCUUCAUUUGAAGGAUUAGCUGUAGCUGCAGACAAAAAUUUUAAGACAUUUGAAGCUGCAUACCCUUAUGUUGUUCGGAAACUUCUCACUGAAAAUUCAGCUGCGACAAGGAAAAUAUUACAUUCGGUGGUUUUUAACAAGAAGAAGGAGUUCCAGUGGCAGAGGCUCUCUCUUUUCUUAAAAGUAGGUGCAACUAGGAAAGGUUUACAUGAGAUCCUAGCACCUGAAGCUGAUACUUCCGUCGGUUAUUUACCAUCAAGGGACGGUGGUGCAGUUGAUGUUGCAAAUUUUGUCUUGAGGAUUUUACCAUCCAAAGAUGGUGUUGUGCUGAGAAGACUCUUGAUGACUGCAGAUGGAGCUUCACUGGUCCAAGCAAUGGUAUCCAAGGAGGCAAAGGUAUACCGCCAGCAGUUUUGCAGGGUCAUUGCAGAUGUUCUAUAUCAAUGGAUGUAUGCAGCUAAUGGACGGGGCAUUACAAAAACUCAGUAUAGUUCCGAUCUGAAAAUGGCAGGCGGGCCUGAAAACAGAGAGAGAGGUCCAUCUUCCAGAGCUCCCAUUUAUGAUUAUCGUGCCAUCUACAGAGAUCGGCGGCUCAGAGUGAUUGUCUCGAAUGUGCUAAACUCCGCAAGGAAAAAUCCAAUUCUAAUGCUGAGGCUCUAUUGGACUUCCUUCGUCAUGUUUGCCACAGCGUUCGCUCUGGCUUGUCAUCGUGCUUUAUUAUCCUUCGCCGAAGACCACUUAGGCCCGAUAUCUUUUGCUCCAAAGCAAUAUGCCAUCCAGUGAUGUUCAUAUUGAACUCUCCCACAGAGCCAUUUUCAAAGAAUAUAAGAGUGUGGGCUUCCACUUAACAGCAUUCUUUGGAGCAAAUAUGAUUACACCGGUCCAUUAGAUCUUCGUCUUCUCGGCCAUCGUUGUAUUUACAAAAACGAAGCCAGAAAUGAGAGGACGGUGGUGGAUCAAAGAUGGCAUUGCAAGCUGUCGAAAGGUAUAAAACGGCGAGGUUUGUGCACAAUCCAUAUGUAACCUAAUCCGUAUGGCGAUCUGCAUACACAUUGUCUGUCAAGUGGUACGACGUUGGAACGUGUUUUAGGGUUGAAUGCAUCAGAUGGGAUGUAAUGUAAGAGAUCUCGGCAUCUCAUUAACGCCGUCUGGAAUUAGAAGCCAGACAAAACAGAGGAUCCUUUUCCAUGUUGUAAUACAUCUAUUUUUUUUGGUUGGUAGUUGAUAUGACAAGUGAAAUUCCCAUCUCAA